GUUGACACUAUGUAUUUCGAGAAUUUUAAGUAUGGAAGUGAUUUUCAAUCAUCCUGCCUGUCACAUCUACUUGGUGGUGCAGCGAGCAAGCCCACUUUGAUAAACCAUGCCCGCCGACUUCGAGAAGCAAAGUUAUUGGCACGAGAGAUUCUCAUCUGAGACAUCUUUCGAGUGGCUAGCAUCGUCACAAUCUUUCAUGUCCAUCAUAGAGCCUUACCUCUCGACGUUCUCACAUACUGUCGAGAACACACCCCGAAUCCUCCAUCUAGGCUCAGGCACAAGUGACUUGCAGAACUGCUUUCGCUCCAGAGGUUACUUAGACGUGACAAACGUCGACUACGAACCGUUAGCUAUCGAGCGCGGACGCCAGCUAGAGCAGGUCGCCUUUGAUGACGUGAGGAUGAAGUACAUCGUCGCAGACGUAACGCAACUCGCUUGCGACUUCUUGCAAGAUCAGAAAUUCGACAUAGUCGUGGACAAAAGCACUGUCGACGCGGUCUCCUGCGGUGGGACUGCGGCUUUUUCGAGGAUGGCCUCUUGGGUAAAGAAAUACCUUGCUGAUAGUGGGAUCUGGAUCUCCCUUAGCUAUUCUUCAGUUCGCUUCAAUAUUGAGCAACUUCCAUUCGACGUCGAAGUCAUAGCUAAGACCCCAACACCUAAACUCAAAGAGAGUGAUCCGGAGAUAUACUAUUAUUGCUACCUUCUUCGGCCCAAAUGAGUCGGAAAAGGACGUAUCCCCUUGACUGGCAUUCAACUACACCUCCACUAUUUUCAGUAUCAGUACUUAAGACUUGACG